CUGAACAUGGCUUGUUUGGCAAGGACUUUCUACCCUAAGAACAUCAGCCUUGAUGUGCCCAGGAGUGAGAUUGUAUAUGAUCUGAAGGCACCUCUUGUCACAUCUGAGGGGAUGUAUAGUACCAUGAAGGUAGUUGGAGUGGAACCAGAUGCAGAGGUGACCUGCAAGGCUAUGCAUAAGCGGAACAAGACUACAGCCAGCAUAAUUCUGCCAGAAGAGAAAACUGAAGAAUUUGAAACAGUUAAUGCUUGCAACAUUACAGAUGCCUCUACAAAAGAUGUCAAAAUGGAGAAAGUGAAUAUGCUGUUCAUGGCUGUUUUGGGUUUGAGAAUCCUGCUGGCAAAAAGCAUCGCCUUCAAUAUAAUCAUGAGUAUCAAGCUGUUUCUCUUCUGAGGUAGGAAACACGUCAUUCAGUCCCUGGGAACAGAGAAGGCAAGUACAAGGAGUGACCAGUUGCCUUUGCAUCCUUCUGUAACCCCACAAGGAGUGACAUCAGUUCAGCUGUUCCUGUUUCCACUGGAUA